UGUCCAGAAUGAUGUCUGCCUUCUUUGACAGUGCCAGAGUGUUUGCGCCCCCCCACACCCCAUGCACACCGCGCUACACCACACCAGUGGUUUUGAAAUAAAACGCUUGCAUUUAGUUCGCUUAGUAGUCAACGUGGGACUGUCGUGAUAGUACGUCGUACAAUUAAAAAAAAGAUACUUUUUUCUUGAAAUGUUAUUUACUUUUUUCUGUUUUUAAUAAAGGGCGGCCCGGUAGUCCAGUGGUUAGCACGUCGGCUUCACAGUGCAGAGGUACCGGGUUCGAUUCCAGCUGCGGCCUCCCUGUGUGGAGUUUUGCAUGUUCUCCCGUGGCGUGGGUUUUCUCCGGGUGCUCCGGUUUCCUCCCACAUUCCAAAAAUAUGCAUGGCAGGCUGAUUGAACACUCUAAAAUUGUCCCUAGGUGUGAGUGUGAGCGUGGAUGGUUGUUCGUCUAUGUGUGCCCUGCGAUUGGCUGGCAACCGCCUAAUGCCCGGAGAUGGCUGGGAUGGGCUCCAGCACCCCCCGCGACCCUAGUGAGGAUCAAGCGGUACGGAAGAUGAAUGAAUGAAUGUUUUUAAUAAAUGCUGGGGUUUUUUUGUCUUGAAUUUCUAAUAUAUAAUUUAUUUAUUUCACUAAUGAAGGGUUCGGUGAAUGUGCAUAUUAACUGGUUGGGUUCGGUGCCUCUAAGAAGGUUAAGAACCGCUGUGCAAGAGGGAAACGUUGGCAAAUCAAGUUUCACGCAUGUCCAACUGUGGAGAUGUGGUCCACUUUGGGCUACAGUUGUAAUUCGCGCCCAUGCAAGUGUGUGUUGGGGGAGUGUGGGGGCGCGGGGGGGGGGGAUAUUCUCAGCGGCGCCACUUUAAAGAAAACAGUCUCACGGGUUUGUUAAUCUCGACGAACCAGACAGACCCUGGCUGGCAAGCGUCGCGGUGAGACCCGCUCUGCGAUUGGCCGAGAGCCGCGGCGCGGAUGAGAGCCGGCCCACCAUUGGCUGUAGCUCGUCGCGACACCGACACGCACGACGUCUCCCCUCUAUUGUUAUUGCGCGGUGCGCGCGAGGAUCGGGCAGGAUGCGCGAGGAGACGGCGAGGCUGAUAAGACGAUAGCGCCGGCGUGAGACACUCGAGCGAGCGAAGCGUCGCACCCGAGACCUUGAAAGCAACCGAGGUGCAAUUCAUGCUCGCGUCGCCGCUGCGCUAGACGGUGCCCCGACCCAGCUCGCGGAGAGCCGAGUCAACGUUCCGACGAGCCGGUCGACGCCACUGGAAGCAAAUUGUCGGACAGCCCGGCGCUCUUUCUGUUCCAGUUCUUCGCCUCUCUCCGUCCGAUGUGGGCUGAUUCAGAACCGGGCCAUCAUGAUCCCUGUGAACCUUCUGCUCACUCAUUGGCUGAGCAACUCAACCCAAGCGGCGUUAUGUCCGCGAACCCUCCGAGUAGCAAUGACGCCUGCCUCAGCAUCGUCCACAGCCUCAUGUGCCAUCGGCAGGGCGGGGAGAACGAGGGCUUUGCCAAGCGGGCCAUCGAGAGCCUGGUCAAGAAGCUGAAGGAGAAGAAGGACGAGUUGGACGCGCUCAUCACCGCCGUGACCACCAACGGCGUCCAUCCCAGCAAGUGCGUCACCAUCCAGAGGACGCUGGACGGGCGGCUGCAGGUGGCCGGGAGGAAAGGUUUCCCUCACGUGAUUUACGCCCGGCUGUGGCGCUGGCCUGACCUCCACAAGAACGAACUCAAGCACGUCAAGUUCUGCCAGUACGCCUUUGAUCUGAAGUAUGACAACGUGUGCGUCAACCCCUACCAUUACGAGAGGGUGGUUUCUCCGGGCAUCGUUGGUCUCAGUCUUCACAAUGCAAUGCCCCCCGGUGGUCUGGUCAAAGAAGAGUACAUCCACGACUGUAUCCAAAUGGAUCUCCCGCCCGGCAUGCCGCUGUCUGAGCACCGGGCGGCGCUCAAGCUGCCUCCCGCCGAGCACUACGGCCAAGCGCUGGCUCCCCCGCAACUGUCUGAGCCCUGCGGACCCCCGCCCGUCACCAGAUACACACAGCUGCCUGUCUCACCCAAAGUGUCCGACUGCGGCUCCAGGCUGGCGCCGCAGGGCGGCCGCCUCGAUGGCCGCCCUCAGACCGCUUCUCCGCAGGUCCGACUUGGGACUUCCCCGCCUGCGAAUCACCCCGCAUCUCAGCCACCUGCGCCUCAGCACCCCCAACAAUCCCCUCGACCUCCUCCUCCUCUUCAAUCCCACGGACAGAAUGGAUACAGCAGCGGCAGCAAACAUUCUCCGAGUCAGGCGGCCUUCCACACGGUGUGGACGGGCGGCAGCGCGGCCUCCUACGCGCCGAUGGGAGCCCCGCAAAACGGGCGCGGUCAGCAGCCGACGCCCCUUCACCAUCCGAACCCACAUUGUGAGCCGCCGCAAAACGUCACACACACGAGUACCUCGCGAAAAGUGCUCAGUGAUCAUGUUUUCUCGCUUGGAAUGUUUUGUGCUUUAGUUUUUGUCUUUCCAGGGUCUCCGCAUCGUGGCUCAACCUCUUUCCCUCCUUCUGUAUCAAAUCAUCCAGGACCCGAGUUCUGGUGCUCCGUCUCCUAUUUUGAAAUGGACGUUCAGGUGGGCGAGAUGUUCAAGGUGCCCUCCAGCUGCCCCGUCGUGACGGUGGACGGUUACGUCGACCCGUCGGGAGGUGACCGCUUCUGUCUCGGCCAGCUGAGUAACGUCCAUCGCACCGAUGCCAGCGAGAGAGCCCGGCUACACAUCGGCAAAGGGGUGCAGCUGGAGUGUCGCGGCGAAGGCGACGUGUGGAUGCGCUGUCUGAGCGAUCACGCCGUGUUUGUCCAGAGCUACUACCUCGACAGGGAGGCGGGUCGAGCCCUGGGGGACGCCGUGCACAAGAUUUACCCUGGAGCCCACAUCAAGGUGUUUGACCUCCGACAGUGCCACAGACAAAUGCAGCAGCAGGCGGCGACCGCUCAGGCCGCCGCUACCGCACAAGCGGCGGCGGUGGCGGGAAAUAUCCCCGGAGCGGGAAGCGUGGGCGGCAUCGCACCCGCGAUCGGUCUGUCCGCGGCAGCGGGCAUCGGAGUGGAUGACCUGCGGCGGCUCUGCAUCCUGCGUCUCAGCUUCGUUAAGGGCUGGGGGCCCGAUUAUCCCAGGCAGAGCAUCAAGCACACGCCGUGCUGGGUGGAGGUCCACCUUCACCGCGCUUUGCAGCUUCUGGAUGAGGUGUUGCACACCAUGCCGCUAGCCGAUCCGGGGCCCGCCAACUGAGAAUCCCGAAGCCGAGACGUCGCGCGGGUUGGAUGGGAGCGUCUUUUCGCUUUGUGCCAAGUAGCUCCUUUCAGAGAAAGGAAUUCCAAUGGCAAAUAUAUCACCUCGAGAAAAGGAUGUCUGGAGCCCCCCCGCGCCAAAGUCAAGUGUCGACGUGGACGGGGGGGGGGGGGGGGGGGGAGCGAGUGCGUUUGGUCCCCUCCGCACUCGCGUUGUGCUCGUCAGCCGAACUGCGGCUCGAUGGUCCUCCGAGUGCACCCUGCGCACGUAUCUGUGUAGAUCUUCAUUCCCAAAGACUAAAAAGCCAAAAAGGUUUAGCUUUAAAGUGCCGUUGUCGCUCGUCGUAAUGAACCAGUGCUAGCCUGUAUUUAACCAAAUGUUUGGUGGGACUCACCAAAGCCGCAAUACCUCAUGAAGACGGUCGUAUUUUUUUUUCCUCCCUCCAUGUGCUUUUCUCCCCCACCAAAAUGCUCGUCGCGUCACUGACUGACGUCCGAAUCCGGGAUGGAGGAAAGCGUACUAAGGCGAUCGAUAAUGUCUGGCGUGUGACCGCCAUCACCAGAGACAGAAGCCCCGAGCGCUUGUCUCGUCUGACCAAAAAUGUGCUUCGGACAACGGUGCCUUCCUCUCUCUUAGAGAGUGUUUCCUUCAAGGUUGUUUGAACUCUGGGAGCUUUCCUUCGUUGACUCUUGAGGAUCGGGCGCCUCACUUGAGUGGGCAUGCGUAAAGCCUCUGAGUCACGCCAGCUGCUCUGGUGGCCCCUCUCGCGCAUCCUGCAAAUUCUUUCGCAGUUUUUGUGUUGGGAUUAUUGGUUUGAUUAAUUUCCUUAUUUUUAACAAAUACAGUAUUUUGGAGAAACCGGCGAAGCACCCAAGCCGGAAUUCGUGAAGCGCCAAAUGAUUGCCGUAAUGGAAUUUAAAAGAACGACAACCGUUUUGCCCCCCCCCCCAUCAACCCGGUGGCCGUUGCGUCGCUCCCUCUGCUUCUGUCUUUGCUCAGCUCAUCAUCAUUGUUAUUAGUCGUUCUUCUCAGAGGACAACGAAUAUACGACUGACUACUGUUGUGGAUGUUGUCUUGGUGGGGUUUGAGUCGAUUUGUGAGGUCUGUGCUCGCAAGUCAAAGCCCAAAAAAAAAAAUUGGCCGCACACCGGCUCGUGUCUGGAAAAAGUGCGCAACUUGAUUCACUUGUACCUCAAGGCGCCACCGUUUUUGAUUUGGGUGGCUUGACUCUCAUCGUUCUCAUCGAUGACUGCUAAUAAAGAGAGACAUUGCUCUUG